GUUCAAUCCUCGGGCAAAACGGCGGUCCCCGGGCUCGGAGCACUCGGACGGGACAGUGGAGGGGGGCAGCCUGGCAGGCAGGGUGGGCAGAGCUAACCCGCUAGUCCCAGCGGCCCUGGGCAGGUGCUGGGCCGCUCGGCCGUCACUGCGGGGCACAUGACUGCAAGCUCAGCCUCCCAGCCUGCCUCCCAGCCCGCCUCCGGCCCUCCCCCGCCGCCGCCCUAGCCGCUGAUCCGGGCACAGCCUCGGCUCGCUGCUUGCUGCCCUCUCUCCUGGCGCGGGGCGGAAGCCUUUGGGGCCAAGCUGCGAAGCCGGCCUGCUGCGAGCCGCCCGCCUCCUGCGCGUCCUCUGGGAAUGCCGAUCAUGCCCUUUCGAUCAGGGCUUUUCUAGGAAACCGAAACCAAGAACACAGGCUUUCUCGGCCCCCGCCACCCUGCAGCUCAGCCCCCGGGGCUCCCGGAAACACAGACUCAGCUCCGGCCGGCCGGCCAAGAGAGCGUGGGUGAGGUCACCGUGCAGGGCCAGGAGGGACCGGAGGGGCCGGGGGUGCCGGGGAGUCCGGGGGGGCCGGGCUCCAUCCAGCUCCCGGCCGGCGGGUUCAGAGGACGCAGCGGCUUGGGGCGCUUGCGGCAGACGGCUGCCGGCACACGGGCUAUGGCCAAGUGCUGCUUCUACGCGGUGGGGACGCUGUCCCUGCUCCUGCUCGUCUGCAGUGUCACCCUGCUGGUGGCCCGUGUGUUCCAGAAAACUGUGGACCGAGCGAUUGAGCAGAACACUGUAUUAAAGAAUGGUACUGAUGUCUUUGAUGCCUGGGAAAACCCACCUCCUCCAAUAUAUAUGCAGUUCUAUUUCUUCAAUGUCACCAAUCCAGAUGAAAUUCUCCAGGGGGAAGACCCUCGUGUGGAAGAAGUGGGACCAUAUACCUAUAGGGAGUACCGACCUAGAGAGAAUAUUCGCUUUUGGGAUAAUGGCACAAAAAUAUCUGCAGUUAACCCCAAGAGCUACAUCUUUCAACGGGACCUAUCUGUUGGAGACCCUGAAGUUGACUUGAUCAGGACUUUAAAUAUUCCUGUCAUAACUGCUAUGGAGUGGACCAGGAUCAGUCUGCUGAAAGAGAUCCUGGAAGGACUGCUGAAGACAUAUCAGCAGAAACUGUUUGUGAUCCACACUGUUCAUGAACUAUUGUGGGGCUAUAAAGACGAGCUCUUCUCACUUAUUAGUAUUUUCAAACCGGAUAUCUCACCGUACUUUGGCUUAUUCUAUGGGAAAAAUGGAACUGAUGACGGUGACUACCUUUUUCUAACUGGGGAAGACAAUUAUCUUAAUUUUACAAAGAUCAUUGAGUGGAACGGGAGAAGGUCACUUAACUGGUGGACAUCAGAGAAAUGCAACAUGAUUAAUGGAACUGAUGGGAAUUCCUUUCAUCCAUUAAUAUCCAAAGAUGAAGUCCUUUAUGUCUUUGCCUCUGAUUUUUGCAGGUCAGUGUAUCUAACAUUCAAUAACAUUGGAAGUGUUGAAGGAAUCCCUUCGUUUCGGUUUAACAUACCACCUGAAAUAUUCGCCAAUAACUCUGAUAACAGCUGCUUCUGUAUUCCACCAGGAAAUUGUUUGGGUUCAGGUGUCCUGAAUGUCAGUAGCUGUAAGAAUGGUGCUCCCAUUUUUCUGUCUUCUCCACACUUCUACCAAGCAGAUGAGAAAUUUAUUUCAGCUGUAAAAGGCAUGAAUCCGAAUAAGGAAGACCAUGAGACAUUCUUGGAUAUCAACCCACUUACUGGGACUAUCCUAAGAGGAUGCAAGAGGUUACAGGUCAAUGUUCACGUCCGACAUAUAGAUGGAUUUGAUGAAACUGGAAACAUCAAGAGCUUGGUUUUCCCAGUCAUGUAUCUAAAUGAGAGUGUUCUUAUUGAUAAAGAUUCUACAACAAAACUCAAGUCUGUAAUAAACACUACUAUGGUCAUCACUAAUAUCCCCUACAUCAUCAUGGCUCUGGGAGUGCUCUUGGGUUUGAUCUUUACCUGGAUGGCAUGCAAAGGACAAGGGUCAACAGAAGAGGGCACCGCCGACGAAAGGGCCCCACUCAUGAGGACCUGAGAUCUUCCCUCCCACUAGAGCUUGGUGAAUGAACUAUGCAAGCGGACAAAAUUCCAACCACUACUUCCUUGGGAAAGCAUCUUUGUGUUCAUCCACAAGUCAAUCAACAAGCAUUUAUUAAGUGCUUACUGUGUGCCAGGCACUGUGCUAAGUGCAAGGGAUUCAGACAGAAGCAAAAAGAAAAGAUGGCCCCAUCCCUCACAGAGCUUACCUUCUAAUAAUCAGCUAGUUAAUUAAUUCCAUGCGCUAUUGAUAUGGGGGAAAAUACAUCAUCAGUGUUCCAGAUGGCUGCUAAAUUGGGUUUUGAAGAACUAACUGACAGUGGCUGGUGAUUAUACUUUCUGAAAUCAUCCAGCCCAUUGCAGGUUGCUUUGUGUUCAUGUUUGUGGUGGGCGUUUUAAGUAUUAAUGAUUUGGGGGUUGUUGGGAUGCCAGAAGCUCUAGAACAGGGGUGAGGAAUCUGAGGCUUUAGGUUCCCCGCUGAAGUCUGGAUUCAGUCAGAGGGCCACACUUGAGGACCUAGAGGGCCACAUGUUGGCCUUGAGGUCACAGGUUCCCCACCCCUGCUCUAGAAGUUUCAUAUUACCAUUGUGGUUAAAAUGUCUCUCCAUCCCGUGUUAGAUAUUGGGACUAACAUUUUCUAAGAUGCCAUGUGUCCACAAAAACCAGCUUUAGCAAUUACUUUAUUGUCCUAUCUCCAUUGUAUAGAAUGUAUGUCUGCCUGGGUCCUUUCUGCCACCCACAGAUGAGGCCUUUGCUCUAAUCAUUGAAGAUGUCUCCCCAAACAAAUUGUAAUCAUGACCAUUAACACCAUAUUUGAGAAUGACUGAAUCAUGGCUGGUCAUAUAUCUGAGUCGGGCCCUUAGACUUGGCUUUUAAAAGGGAGAGCAGAGACAGAGAGUAGAGGAGAGACCCGAAGCUGAGACAGGAAAGAAGCGACUUCCAGAGGCCUAGACUCAAGUUUCCCUGCAAAGAAAAGCCUGUAGGCUUCUGAGGUUCUCCUAGGGAAGCCUGUGGCCCCUGGAAAGGAAGGAACCAUGUGGCAGAGGAAUAAAGAUUUCCAAGACAAAUAAAGCAAUCCCCUGACCGAGCGUUUUGGACACUGUGGAGGACAAGGCUGAGUUCCUGGACCAAACGGAAGAAUUUGGAACCAAAAAAGAGCUGGAACUGAAGAGUGGUCAGAGACAGCUUCCCAGUAGAGAAACAAAUCUGAGAAGCUUGCCUUUUGGUCAGCAUUGUUGGGUUGUUUGGACUCUGAAGAUCUAGGGGAAGGGGCUGGAGGGAGAGGCAUAAUCUAGUGCACUACACUCAGUCAGAAAAACCUGGGUUGGAGUCCUCCCUCAGAUACUUAGGAGCCAUGUGACCCUGGGCAAGUCACCUGACCUUUCUUGGCUUCAGUUUACUCAUCCUUAAAAUGAAGGGGUUGGAUUUAAUAAACUCUAAGUCCCUUCCAACUCCAAAUCUAUGAGUCUAUGAUCAAUUCUCCAAUAAUUCUCAGUUGUUUCCCUACCUCAGUCCUUAAGUCAGGAGGGCUAUAGGGUUAUUGCUUGACUCUGAAUACUGUCCUUUCAUGGGACCAUGGAGAAAGCCUCAACCAUAAGAUGAUACCAUAAAUCUGGAAAACUGUCUAGGUUCUCUGUGGAAAGAGGGACUUACCUAGGGGGAGAAAGGGUCAACUUCCUAAUGACGCCAUUGCCUUCCCUUUUCAGGGUCCCUCAACCCUAAGUUAGUCGCCAAGGAGGUAGAGACCUUGAGAGAUGGAAGAAAAAUGAGAAAGGUCAUUUUAACUGUUCAGGUACUAAGAUGGGAGUCACUACUGUUUUGUAUUUUUGGCUGGGUUAAAUAAAAUCUCUCCUAUGUUCAGUAUAUUGUUAGCCUGAGUGUUUGCAUGGAAGCUGAAGUUUCUUUUAAUUUGUUUUUGCAAAGAUCAGUCAGUUAAUAAGAAUUUAUUAAGCACCUACUAUGUGCCAGGCAUUGUGCUAAGCAUGAAGAGGUAAAAGACAGUCCCUGCCCUCAGGGAGCUCACAAUCAAAUGAGGGAGACAACAAAUAAAUACGUACAAACAAGUUAAAUACAAGAUAAAUAGGAAAUAAUCAAGAAAGAGAAGACACUAGAAUUAAGAGGGAUUGGUAAAAGUUUCUUAUGGAAGGUGAGAUUUUAGUGAGGACUUGAAGGAAGCCAGAGAUGAGAAGAGAGACCAUUCCAGGCAUGGGGGACAACCAGAUAGAAUGCCCAGAGCCUUUCUUGUUUCUGGAACAGCCAGCAUGCCAUUGUCAUAGCAUCAGAACAGUACGCUCACAUGAGUGAGAUGUAAGGUGAUUGAAAAGGUAGAGGUGUGGCUAGGUUAUGAAGACAGAGACUAUGUUUGCAAAGAUCUUGGCAAGAGUUAUAUUCUGAUAUCCCUAGAUUCAGGGGAGCAGGGUGCAAAAUGAACCAAAUUCUGAUGUUCUCAGAAGAUAACCUGCAUAGCAGCCUCCACUAGUGAAGGUGUCUGUAAGAACCUUCCUCCCCCAGGAUUUGAUGCAGUUCAUGUAAAUCAUGGAUCCCAGCUGAAUAUACUGGUAAAGUAACUAGUCAGGCAACUGGCAGCUGAGGGUCAGAUGUCCACCUCUCUCAUAGUAAUCUGAUUACCUUUAAGAAAAAGCUAAUUCUAUUUUUAAGUUGACUUAGAGGAUCUUAGAAUGAUAAACUGUUGUCCUGGAAGCUUCCUUCCAUCUUAUUUAUUUUAGAUGAGAAACUGAGCUUCCCAAGAAGUCACAUGACUUACCCAAAGUCGAGUAGCUAACUAGCAGCAGUGCCAUGAUUAGUAGCCCCCUCUCCUGACUCCUAAGCCAAUCAUCUUUCCGUUUCUACUCCACCGUCCCUCCAGGAAGCUUUGGACCUCAGACAUUUAUGCUAAGUGUGGGUGAGGGUGAAAGGGAUUAUGUAUGAGGAUGGUAGGAUGGGAUGGUGGAGAAAGCCUCUAAUGGAUAAGGUUAUUAGGGGUUUAGGCAUGCACAUGUAUUCUCUUGCUUGGCAAAAUCACUGCAGAUACAUAUGGACAAUUUCAAAUUGAAGAAAACUAUUUUGGGCAUUUGAGGAACAUUAAUUAUAGUGUUAUAAAAAUAUUAAGACAUAGUGUUAUGACAGUGCUCUUGUCUGAUGUCUCACUUGAAUCAAAGGUUUACCUAGUCUUCCUUAACUAAAAAAAGUUCAAUUGGUUUGAGGGAGGAAUAGCGAUUUUUGGAAACUAAAAUCAGUUGAAAAGUUUUUCUUGUUUAUGGUGACCAAACUAGGAAGGGGAAAUAUCUUUUUGCCUAAUUUGAUUGAGAGCUGUCUCUGUUUACCUUCGACUGGAUCAAAUGGGGAAUCCCAAGAGGCAGUGGUUGGUUUCAGGAAGAUAUUUUCUCCACGGGUCCCCCUAGCAUUGACAUUUCUGAUUGUUCUCUUUGGUAAAAAACAAAAAUUCUAAGCUUAAACUAUGUACCUUCUUUUUAGUUCACUGUGGAAUUUCAUCUUUUAUUUCAUGAUAACUGUAAGACAUAAGUUGGAAGUUUCUUGGGGGACAGGGGAUCUGAGAAGAAAUGCUUACAUACUAAUAAAUUGAAUUGGACAGAUUUUGGCUAAAA